AUGUUGAAAAUCCAAAAGAUCCUGCUCUUGUACAUUGUAAUAACAGCUGUAGUACUUGACAUUGCUAUCAAUAAACAAAGUGGCAUCCAAUUAAUGUACUCAUAUAUGAGAAAUUAUACAGGUUUAGAUCCUUUAGGACCAGAGGAUGUCUUAAGAAGCGGCAAUGGUAUCAUAUUUCUGGAGACGAGUAACAGGACAGAGCUACCCUCCUUAAUACUAUGUGCAAUAGAGUCGGCUGCUCGUGUAUAUCAUGAUAGGCCAAUAGUUUUCUUCCUUAAAGAAUUGUCUGAAAUAAACUCUGUCAAAGAUGAGAGGAUAACACGGAGGAGAUACCCAACACUCUCAGCUUUUCGAAAUAUCUAUUUCUUCCCUUUAAAACCUGAAGAAAUAUUUAAGGACACACCCCUUCUCCAUUGGUAUCAAAACAUUAAUCCUAAACAGGAGCCAUACUUGGUAAACAACUACGCAAAUGGCUGUAGAUUGGCCCUUAUUUGGAAAUAUGGUGGCAUUUAUAUGGACACAGAUAUGAUUUCCAUUCAACCCAUUGCACAUUUCAACUUCCUGACAGCGCAGAGUCCAGAACUAUCAAACAAUGCUGUUUUUGGACUAUCCUCACAUCAUUAUUUCACUUGGAAUGCUAUGGAGGAUUUUGCUGAGAACUAUAACGGAAGCUUGUGGGGAAAUCAAGGUCCCCACCUCUUUACACGUGUUUUGGAGAAAUUUUGCAACAUAUCUAAUUAUGAAGGUGUAGAAGAUGUCAUAUGUGGAGAUAUCUCCUAUUUACACCCGCAAAGCUACUAUCCUUUUUCAUUUGGAUCUUGGAGAAAAUACUAUGAGACAUGGGAUGAGUUUCCAUCCUUCAAUGACAGUUAUGCUUUGCAUAUCUGGAAUAAAAUGAAUGAAGAACAUAACACUAUGGUUCCUGGGAGUAAAACAUUAAUAGAACAUUUAUACCAAAAGCACUGUCCAACCACUUAUGAAACACUUGCAAGAAAUGAGAAUAUUUAUAUAUAG